AUGAAGGCGACUGUGCCUCCGAUGCCCAGUGGAGGUGGCCGGAGGCGUGGAUCGGGCGCCAGGAACUGGCUGAGCGGGCGGAGAGACGCAGCGGUUAAAACAAACGAGCUUCGGAAAAGGUCCGCCCAGAGUUGCGACCUCUGCAGGAAGCGCCGUUGCAAGUGUGUGACCGAGCCCAACGGCGUCGACUGCGUCGCUUGCAAGGGGCAGGGUCUCUCGUGCACGUACUCCCUUCCACGGAAGACGCGUUUCUACGGAUCCUUGGAGGAUCUGAGUGACAGGUACAAGUGCCUCGACGCAAUCGUCCGCGGAGCAUUCCCAAACCAACCUGUGGCCACUGCCUCGGACCUCAUCAAGCUUGGCCAGCGCCUGCAGAUUGACAUACCAGACCUGGCGUUGGACGACCCCGACGGGUUUGACACACUGUUGAGGGAGAAGCCCAAGAUCAAUGAUGACUUGUCAUUCUCUGGGACGCAACAAGGUGAUCACAAAGGUGUGGACUCCGGGUUCGACUCGGUGGGAGGGACGGAUGGCCACCAUGAUGAUACCUCAGGCAAGAAGGAAGACCCGGCCUUCCAAGAUCAGAAGGUCGGACUGCUUCGGGACACUUCAGGACAUGAGCACUAUAUCGGGCCAUCAGGCAGUCUGCAGUUUCUAGAUCAGCUACGCCGGCUACUGAUCUCCCGAGAAACAGGGACAUCGGCGGGCAGUACAGGCCAGCUCACGUCUGAUGGCACACAGGACAACGCACCCCAGGCCCUCGAUGUCGAAGUACAUUUCAACGAGGGCCCCCAAGUACCGAAGGGCGGCAUUGUGGAACGUCAAGAAGUCUCUCAGGUGGAGGACUCGCUAUCGCCUCAGGCUAUCCACUCGUCGACUUCUGGACUAACACCCACUGAUGAGAUCCAGGAGCUCACGGACCAGAUCCCAAAGCGGGAGAUUGUCGAAAGCCUUCUGCCUCUCUAUUGGACCAAUGCCCAUGAAGACUUCCCUCUUUUCCACAGAGAGAGUUUCGAAAACGAGUACCGGUCUUUCUUCGGGGACCAUUGCCAGUCUGUUAAUUACUCCUUCACCUCGGGAAUCUCUAGGCCGGACCACGGCUGGAUCGGGUGUCUACACAUGAUGGUCGUCUUCGGGUCUCUGUCGAGUGCAUCCCACCACAAGGACAUGGAAUCCAAAGCCCUGCAAAAGCACUGCGUCGAUGCCACGCGGAAGCUUCUCCCGCGCAUCGUCACGAAAUGCUCGCUGUCGGGGGUCCGGGCGCUGUUGCUCCUCAGCUUGUUCCUCCACAACGACAACGAACGGAACGCUGCCUGGAAUCUUGUCGGCACGGCCACCCGGAUCUGCUUCGCGCUCGGCCUCCACAGGAAUGAUACGUCAGAGUUGUUCUCCCCGGUCGAGAGGGAAAUAAGGAGACGGGUGUUUUGCACCCUCUACGGCUUUGAACAGUUCCUUGCCUCUAGUCUCGGCAGACCAAGUGGUGUCAAUGACAUAGACCUGAACAGGAUCCUCUCCACGUCCCGGAAUCCCCGCUACGCAUCCGCGUCGACUGCGCAGGCCCCACACGAAGCGCACCAGCUGUCUGUUGAAGAGGUCCUCCUGUCCCUGAAGGCCUGGAAAACAGAACUGUCCUCCCAACACGGACUGGACGUGCCCGUCAUCACGGAGAAGGACAACAAGCUACCGGUGCCCAACGGCGCACGGAUGGAGUUUGGCGAGCUGAAGACGCUGCUUGGCUGGCGCGACUUAUCCAGUAUCCGGGCAAUACUCCUGCUCUACAUCCAACACCACUACAUCUAUAUUCUUGUCACGAGGCCCUUCCUUCUCAGGAGCAUCACGGCGAGUGGAAAAGCCGGGAAGUCGCCAGAGUAUGGACCAGGCUCGAGCACGACGACCCCGAGCAAGGUAGGCCACUUCUCAGACAUAUGCUUUCGCCACGCCUGCCAGAUGGCCCGCCUGCUUCUGCUCCUGGACUCAUUCGGCCUCAUCCACGGGGCAUCAGGGCUCGACGUGUUCUUCGCCUACUCGGCGGCAAUGGUUCUAGUUCUCCGAUCGCUCAGGCUGGAUGCAUACCAACAAGGCUCCGGUGUGAAAACAGAGCACAUGGCCAGGAGCGAAAGCACGGGCCAGAAUCCAGACCACACAGGGUCAUGGGAGCUCGACGAAAGGUCUUUGCUCGUGGCCCUCCGUAACCUGGUAGUACGGCUGAGGGAGCUGGUGUUGAGGGUGCCCAAGUCGAGCACCAUGGAGCGCUUCGCCCGCGCGAUGGUGACUUUCGAGGAGAGUGCCUACCACGUCAAGGUCAGGGCCGACCCAGGGGACAACGAGAGGGACCCGCGGUCCUUCACAGCCCAGCAGCAUUUUGGCGCCCACUUCUCCGGCCCCAACCUGCUGUUCCGCGGGCUCAUGGACGCGAGCUAUGGCCCGAAGCCUCCCGGGAGCGUGGUUGGUAUGGACCAGCAGGUGCACGGUGGUGGCCCGGCGGGGAUGGUCCAGGACCAACAACAGCAGUUCCUUGAACACGGAUGGGUGCUGCCGACGCCGGCCAUGAGUACGUUCGGUGGCCAGGUCAACGGGCUCACGUCGUUCGACUGUCUUCCGGGAUUGAACCCGUGGGCGAUAGGCGGCAACCAGACUGCGCAGCACGGGACGGACAUGCCAAUAUACGGGUGGGAGGACCUGGAGUCUAUGCUUGGGAAUGGAAGGAGUCAGCCCAGGAAGUUCUGA